UUUACUAAGCUAGGUAUUGUUGAUCAUAUCAGGGGUAAGCCACCAAACCCUUAUGGAAAGGUCUGCUUGUCCCUACGCUCACCUUAACGGUGUAUUCUCGAGCCGAUAAUGCCAUUGAUUAUCUUUCAUAAGUCCUGGAAUAUCUGACAAAUCAGCAAGAUGCUCUCGAUUCCUUUCAAAACAUACAAGUGUCGAUUUCCGGGCUGCAGCUCGAGCUACCAACGGAGGGAGCAUCGCCAUCGUCAUGAGGCGCAACAUACCCGCCGUCAGCUUCCGCAGUGCUCGAUUUGUGCUCAGACAUUUAGCCGGCGUGAUACACUCCAGCGACACAUGCAAAAGGUGCAUGUCACCAAAGAACCGGCGGAACCUCCCACCAAACACGCCUGCACACUGUGUCGAAAUCUGAAGAUCCGGUGCCGCGGUGGACCACCAUGUAGCAACUGCCUACAUCGUAGGAUUUCCUGUUCUCUUGAGCACCACCGACAGAUUGAUGUACAGCCUGGUGACAACUCCAAGCGCGCGUCGGGUCCGAAAUCCAUGCCGUUGCGAUCGCUGUCCCUCCGACCCAAGGCGAACCGCUCCGCAAAGGAGAAUCACUAUCUCGGUCUGUAUUUCAAGCUGUUUCACCCUCACUGGCCCUUCAUUCACCGGGGUUCGUUCAGCGAGUAUGAGACGCCCUUGCUGGUGCAAUCCAUGGUUGUCAUAGGUCUGUGGCUGAGUCGGGAGAAGGACACACAGUCCAAAGCAAUGGAUCUGCACCAGGUCCUUGACUCCGCCAUUCGCGAACAGACAGCGGUAUGGGAUGCCUCGAGCUUAGAGGAUGGAUGCAGUGCUUGUUCGUGGCCCAUCCCGACAUACCAGGCCAUCUUGCUCCACAUAAUCUUCGCUGGGCUGUCCCAGGGCGGUGAAGUGCUUGGCCCGGACCUCAAGCCUUCCCUUGCACCCCCUGACCGCGACCUGCUGGAGAGGCUGGUCGCGAGUUGCAAGAAGCUGGGCCUGCUGUAUUAUCCUAACAUGCUCAAUCGUUACUGCCAGGAUGACCCAGCGACCUAUGUGUGGGUGAGCAUCGAGGAGGUCAAACGAUUCAACUUGACGCUGUUCAAAGUUUGCAGAGCGUUCAGCGGUGCAAACAAACAGACUAGUAGUCGGGACGUUGCAGACAUGGCAGAGCCAGCAAGCGGAGUCCUUAAAGUACGCGAUCUGCAAUUUCCCUGGCCACGGAAUACCCCGUUGUGGAAUGCGGUGGGCAAAGCAGAAUGGCUCUCUGUUGCGACCGAAGAUGUUUUUCGCCAUAGCCCACAUGACACUUUGGAAGUGGAGUGGAUCUCGAAUUCUGCUGAUGUUCUGGAGAUGCUCGUCGGUUGAUUUGGUUUGAUAUCCAGCUGAGUGACUUGGAUCAUUUGACCACGAGUUUGACGAUAUACCCUAAUUAAUGUCAAGAAUAUCGACACUGGUAUGGAGGAGUUAGCAUAGAGAAAGGUGUUUGUCUCUUGACCUACAUUUCCAUGAUAUCUAA